AUCGCGGGCAGCCCCCUCCCCUUAUCGUCGCGAGGCGUCAGGCACACUUCAGCCGCGAAAAAUCGACUGAUUUCCGGCAAAAAUAUCCAUUCCACGCUCACAUCUUCUUCCUUCUCCGAGAAACAGAGAUAUAGGAAUUUCCCCGGACCCCGAAAAAAUCCCUCUUUUCCCGCUGCUCGACGGCGGCCGGCGGCAGCGUCCAUGACCACAGUGGCCUCGCUCUCCCUGGUGCCGCACCUGCUCAUCAAGCCCUCCUUCCGCUGCCUCUCCCGAAAGGGAGUUGGCAGAUAUGGCGGAAUCAAGGUAUACGCGGUGCUCAGGGAUGAUAGUGCCGACUACCUGAAGGAUAACCACCACUGGGAGGCCCUGUUCCAUGUCGAUGACCCCGGCCCAAGGGUUCCGAUCGAGAAGGGCCAGUACCUGGAGGCCAAGCAGGCGCUCGACGUCGUCCGCUUCGACAUCCAGUACUGUGACUGGAGGGCCCGGCAGGACCUGCUCACCAUCAUGGUGCUUCACAACAAGGUGGUGGAGGUUCUUAACCCUUUAGCGAGGGACUUCAAGUCGGUUGGGAACCUGAGGAAAGACCUUGACGGUCUACAGGAGGAACUGGCAAAGGCUCACAACCAGCUUUAUUUAUCGGAAUCCAGAGUGUCGUCGGCCCUCGAUAAGCUAGCACAAAUGGAGACGGUGGUCAAUGAGAGGCUGUUGUCGGAUGGGAGCGCUUUCGCAAACACGGCCGAUUGCGCUUCUCUUGAUCCGAGUACUUCUCUUGAUACAACUACGAGCACUUCCUCCACGGUCCGAGUCGGAGCUAAAAAACCGAAGCGUCGCAGUCUCAACAUUUCUGGCCCUGUCAAGCCUUACAGUGCCAAUCUGAAGAACUUCUGGUACCCGGUGGCUUUUUCCAGUGACCUGAAGGAUGACACAAUGGUGCCCAUAGAUUGUUUCGAGGAACAGUGGGUAAUAUUCCGCGGAAAAGAUAAAAGGCCUGGAUGUGUGCAGAAUACAUGUGCUCACAGAGCCUGCCCUCUUGAUCUUGGUUCAGUGAAUGAGGGUAGAAUCACUUGCCCUUACCAUGGGUGGGAGUAUUCGACUGACGGAAAAUGCGAGAAAAUGCCAUCAACAAAGAUGCUCAACGUGCGCAUCCGGGCAUUGCCGUGCUUCGAGCAAGAAGGAAUGGUCUGGAUCUGGCCCGGCGAUGACACCCCUACACCCACCAUCCCUUCCCUGCUGCCCCCUUCAGGGUUUACAAUCCAUGCAGAGAUAGUGAUGGAGCUACCGGUGGAACAUGGACUUCUCUUGGACAAUCUACUAGACCUCGCUCAUGCCCCUUUUACUCAUACAUCCACCUUUGCCAAGGGCUGGAGUGUUCCAAGCUUUGUGAAGUUCUUGACACCUACAUCUGGGCUCCAAGGGUACUGGGAUCCUUAUCCCAUCGAUAUGGAGUUCCGACCGCCCUGCAUGGUCUUGUCAACCAUUGGCAUCUCCAAGCCUGGAAAGCUAGAAGGGAAGAGCACCCAACAAUGUGCAACGCAUCUCCACCAGCUCCAUGUAUGCUUGCCCUCAUCGACGAAUAAAACCAGGCUGUUGUACCGGAUGUCUCUCGACUUCGCACCCUGGAUGAAGCACAUGCCUUUCAUGCACCUGUUGUGGUCACAUUUCGCUGAGAAGGUCUUGAAUGAGGAUCUGCGGCUUGUGCUCGGCCAACAAGACCGAAUGAACAAUGGAGCUAACGUUUGGAACUGGCCAGUGUCGUAUGACAAGCUCGGCAUCCGGUAUCGGCUAUGGAGGGGGGCAGUCGAGAGGGGUGUCGAUCGGUUACCGUUCAGCAACGAAAUUGAGAGUGGAUCAUAGGCAAACACAUGACAUCACCUGUAGUCUCUUUCUCUCUCGUGCCAUUUCUUUGCCUGGCAAUGGCAGACAGAUGACCCGUAUGCACAGAUUAUUUGGUCGUGCGUCGCAGUGCGGUUGUUCAUCUGGCCAAAUAUUGCUACAGAUAGAAGGAUUCUGGGAAGGAAGCCCUGUGAAAAGGAUAAUGGGCACCAUCAUUGCAAUUGUGUAUUGUUAAUUGUACACUAGCGGCGGCAUCAACUGAUGCAAUUGUAAUCUGAGGUUGAUUUUCUGUUCUUUUUUUCUCCCCCUCCCUUCAUUCAUGUAAAGUAUCCUCCAAUGUUACUGUCAAAGCGUACAUAAUUGUAUGGCAAAAGCAUGCUCCUCUGAGAAAUGGUUUUAUGAUAA